AUGUCAUCCUCCAAGGCCCAGCCCGUGGCUGAUGAACUCUUUCUCGACCAACCCCCUCCUCCAUACCUAGAAAUCGCCGAAGAUGCAGCCGGCGUUCAAGACGACGGCCGUAUCGAAGUUGAUUUGGAAUCUUCGGCGUGCAAGGCGGCCAUCAAGUUAAUUCCCUGGCCAAGCGAGGAUUUUGACGUCCCGCCUCCGGUUUAUACGGAGGUUGUUACGAGCAAGGCCAAACUCAACAUCGUCAUUCAGGUUGUUGGAAGUCGGGGUGAUGUCCAGCCGUUUAUUGCUCUGGGGAAUGAACUACAAAAACAUGACCAUCGCGUCCGGAUAGCUACGCACAAUGUCUUCGACUCGUUUGUGCGAAACGCCGGGUUGGAGUUCUAUCCCAUCGGUGGCGACCCGGCAGACCUUAUGGCGUACAUGGUCAAGAACCCGGGUCUUAUUCCGAAGAUGAAGAGUCUGCGGGCGGGGGAUAUCCAACGCAAGCGAAGCAUGGUUGCUGAGAUGCUUCAGGGGUGUUGGAAUUCCUGUCUUGAAGAUGAUCCGUUAACCGCGACACCUUUCGUGGCGGACGCCAUCAUAGCAAAUCCUCCAAGUUUCGCCCACGUACACUGUGCGCAGGCUCUGGGCAUCCCAGUGCAUCUCAUGUUCACGAUGCCGUGGUCUCACACGACAGCGUUUCCGCAUCCUUUGGCUAAUUUGAAGUAUUCCGAGACGAGCGCAAAUUUUGCCAAUUUCGCUUCGUAUGGUAUCGUCGAAUGGAUGACUUGGCAGGGCCUGGGCGACGUGAUCAACGAUUGGCGAAAAACUAUCGAUCUAGAGGCAGUUCCGGUCACAGAGGGUCCCAACCUCGCAGCAACACUAAGGAUACCCUUUACCUACUGUUGGUCGCCGGCAUUGAUACCCAAACCUGCAGACUGGGCCUCACAUAUCGAUGUCUGCGGCUUUUUCUUCUGCGAUCCGCCAAACUACCAACCCCCUCCUGAUCUUGAUGCAUUUCUCAGAAGCGGGCCUCCGCCCGUGUACAUUGGUUUCGGCAGUAUCGUGAUAGAAGAUCCUGAGCGAUUGACGGCGAUUCUCCUCGAAGCGGUUCGCAUGGCCGGUGUCCGUGCCAUUAUUUCGCGCGGCUGGAGUAAGCUGGGCGGUUCCUCGCCCUCCACACGAGACGUCUUUUAUCUCGGCGACUGUCCUCAUGAAUGGCUGUUUCCGCGUGUUGCUGCUGUGGUUCAUCAUGGCGGUGCAGGAACGACAGCAUGUGGUCUGCGCUAUGGACGUCCUACCUCUAUUGUGCCUUUCUUUGGAGACCAACCAUUCUGGGGAAACAUGGUCGCCGCAGCCGGAGCCGGUCCAAAGCCUAUUAAGCAUACUUUACUAAAUGCCAACAACCUAGCAGAUGCGAUUCGCCUCUGCAUGCGACCCGAAACAUCAACCGCGGCAGGUAAUAUCGCUAAUAUGAUGCAAGCAGAAUGCGGUAUCCAAACCGCUGUCGAGUCGUUCCAUCGCAAUCUCCCCUGGGAUAUGAUGCAAUGUCAGAUCUUGCCAGACGAGCCGGCGACGUGGGUAUACAAGAAGUCCUUGUCAAAGCCGCUGUUCUUGUCGAAGAUAGCGGCGCAGGUUCUUGCGGAUCAUUUACGGCUCGACUCGAAGGAUUUGCAAUUCCACUCACCAAAUCCAAUUGUCAUCCUGAACCGACGAUGGGACCCCAUCACAGGCACUACAUCCGCCGCAAUUGGCACAGGCGCCGACCUGGCCCGAGCAACAACCGACAUGUUCCUCAAACCGUACCAAGAAAUCAGCCGCGGUCGAGGUGGUUCAUCAAGACCCAGUACCCCGCGAACUACCAGCUCUUCCUCCGUUCAGAGAGCAGAGUCGGACAGCCAGGUACCAACUGCCGAGGAAAUGACCCGUGCCAUAGCACAAGACCCUCGCUCUGGCUGGAUUACUACCGGGAGAGCGGUUGGAGCGGGCGCAAAGGGUGUUGGCAAAUUUCUGGGGUCUUAUUACAAGGGUGUGCUUGUUGAUAUUCCGCUUGCAACGACGGAGGGGUUGCGGGCCGUUCCUAGACUCUAUGGUGAAGAUGUCAAGGACUACAACGUCAAAGAUUGGAAAUCGGGGGCUCUUGCCGGGGGGAGGAACUUUGCGCAUGGUAUGAGCAGGGGCCUUGCUGAUAUCGUCAGACAACCGUACAAGGGCGGCGUUGAAGAUGGGGCAGUUGGCGCGGCUAAGGGAUUUGCAAAGGGGACUAUCGGGCUUACUACUAAGAUGUCAUCUGCUGCACUCGGCCUCGUGGCUUAUCCCGGCUACGGUAUCACGAAGAGUAUCCAUGCUGCAAUCAGGACAAAGACGAGGAAGAAUAUCGUCAAGGCACGAAAGAGAGAAGGAGAGCAUCGCGCUAUGAUAGCGGUUGCAAGCGGACUCGACCAUAGUGCGAUGCUUCGAUCAUUCGAGGCAUACAAGCGGGAGAAUACCGAAACUCGACCAUCCGACAGUCGACCAUCCUCGCGCUGGCAGGAACCCGCCUAG